ACCAAUUCCAUUAAAACCUCCACACCAAACAUCUUUUACAGCUUUCUAAACAUGAUAAAUUCAGAUAUGAGUGCUGAGAAGAAAGGCCUAGAAGCGUUCCACAUCGCUGGAUUACCACCUGAUUUCUAUUACAUCCCCAACUUUAUCAGCGUCGAAGAAGAAAUCUCCAUUCUUCAAAAGAUACCCGCAAACCGCUGGACGCACCUCACCCACCGCCGUCUGCAAGCCAUACCUUCGACACUCACAAAAUCAAAUACGCUCCUCGCCGCCCCGCUACCAAAUUACCUCACAAAUCCCAUUGUCAAGCGAUUUGAGGACUAUGGCAUCUUUGCGCACACGCCGCAUCAGCAACCUAAUCACGUGCUGGUCAAUGAGUACAAGGCUGGUGAGGGCAUCAUGCCGCAUGAGGACGGCGAUGCGUAUGCGGAUGUGGUUGCGACGGUGAGUCUGGGAGCGGCCUUGUGUUUGGAUGUUUUGCCUCCGAGGGAUGGAGAUGAGGGAGAAUAUUCUUUGCCCACGAGAAUAUUCCAGGAACCUAGGUCGCUGCUGAUAACGACCGGAAGAGCGUAUCGAGAGCUGAUGCAUGGGAUCUCGUCUGUUGAGGUUGAUGAAGAGCUGGGCGAGGAGAGUGUGGCGAAUUGGGGUUUACUGGGGGAUCGCGAGGUUUUGCUACAAGAGGGUGGGAGGAACAUGAGGGGAACGAGGGUUAGUCUAACAUAUAGAGACGUCCUCAAGGUUAGCACUGCAGCAAGCAAGAUACUUUGUGGACUAGUGAAGAGAUAAAGACCAAGCAUUAAAAGAUUGC